UAUUGCUGUUAAUAUUGGCAGCUGUUGUUACAUCAAAACAUGAUUUAUUAACAUCGAUUAAGCGCCAGCAUAAAAACUAUCCUCCAGUCAAAACGGAGCAACACUUCACUGACGACCGGCUACCAAUUCCAUUAGAACCACACGGCGGAAAUUAGCUGGCCAUAAAACGUUGGACAUCGACGUGGAGGCACCAAUUGGUGCUAUAUCGGUCCAAACUUCAAAUUACUUCGCGAUCGAGUGACCUUGGAACUUCAGGGUCCGCUGCUGCACUUACAGCACCAGCCCCUAGCACCGUGAUUCGGCCACGUAUAUGCACUCACACAGGUGACCCUUUUCGCUGUGGCUAACCACAUAUAACUUUGUGGUCGGUACUCGACUUGUUCUGCUCUCCUGCCGUUGGUGUACUUUGCUGGUUGUCAUAAUAUCGUGCAUUGUUCAGAUUGACUUGUGCGCGCCAUUCUUCGUUCGAUUGGUGCGGUGUUCAGGUCGACAGGUGUCGGCUAGCGCCUUGCCUCCCCGAUGGUUUGCCUGAUCGAUAUAAUAUUACCACACUGCUGUUUCUCACAGUUGACGCCAGUGUUUGUCUCACAUGUCACGUGACUAGCCCUAUGAACGGUCCGUCAACUCUGACCGUGUCGAGUGUUAUCUCUGCCUGGCGAGUGCGUCACUCCUCCCGGUCCGCGCCUUGUGUUCCCCUGACGAGUGACCUGUCCCGGCGUCCCGUGUCGCUCAGUUCUGUGCCCAACUCGGCCUCUUCCCCGCUGCAACUGCCGCCGAUUGCCAUUGGCGCCGCCUCGCCCGAGCCCACCGAGGCCGACCGCCUGGAGAUGCGGCAGAACCUGCGCGGCAUCAACUCGGUCCUCGGAAGGCGCGGCCGAGGCAGGCGACUCUCGGGAUCCGCCGAGGCUCUGAAUUCAGCGGGUGGAGGCAACGGCGACACUGUCAGGCCGUACCGACUGCGGCGAGCCAGCAGUUACGACGAGCUCGGCUCAUUGGCUGACCUUCGCCGGCGCCGGACUGGGUCACUGAGGGACCGGCGCGGCCCAGAACGGAUAUCGCUUGGCGCCAGGCACGGAGAGCCCAUCGUCGAGUCCGAUGACGAGGGCGACGGGACGCGGCUGCCAUCGCUGCAAUCCCGACCCGCUGGCCGUCGCCGGGGGUCACUGCACGACAGCGGCCUUCCGCCGCUGCCCUCCAUCAGCAAUGGACGCAAGUCUCGCUGGUCUGCCCGGCCGCAGUCGGGUAGCUCCGUGCUUAGUUUCUCCCUGCUGCGCUGAGCUCAGAGAGUGAGCUGUUAGCGGAGCGACCGGGGAGUGCUGUCGUCCCGUCCGCGCGGAACGGAUAGGGAGGGCGGUCUGGCGGGUGCCUCGGCAGGCAGUGCAGGAGAGGAAGCAGAGAGGCAGCAGGAAGGAGGCUCGGAG